AAUAAAAUAACAUUUUUAUAACAUACAAAAUUUUAAUUAUUAAUAGUUACAACAUUACAUUAUAUGGUCUAAACACAACAAAAUGUAUUAUUAAAGGAAGAGUUAUCUCUUUAGUGCUGAUCAUAAAUAAGUUUUUUUAUGAAAUACAAAAUACGUGCAUUAAGUGUGUAAACAAAUACCAUUAUCUUAAUUUAUGAAGGAGGUGUGAUAACGUUAUCAGUAUUCCAGAACAAAGCGUUACAGAAUAUGAUUAUAGUUAUAGAGUUCUUUCUUGAAUCUUCUUAAAAACAGUGAAUAGUGAAUACUAAUCAGUCAUGUGCAUUUCAUUUAUUUAUCGCAAUCCAAAUGCCACUAUUAAAUCCUAUCGAUUGAUUGUUGCAUCAAAUCGAGAUGAGAUUUAUAAGCGUCCUGCAUCAUCAGCUCAUUACUGGGAAAAACAUCCUGAAUGUUUAGGAGGUACUGAUAUGGAACCUGGUAAGGAAGGUGGAACUUGGUUAGCUUUAUCAAUAAGAGGAAAAGCUGCUGUAAUUUUAAAUCUAACUAAUGAAGAAGGUGUGAAAGAUUUAAAGAAGAGUCGUGGUUCAUUGAUAAGUAAUUUUGUUACUUCCAAUGAUUCAAAAGAAUCAUAUUUGAGCAAACUACAUAAAGAAAAUAUUGAUGGACAACAAUACAAUCCUUAUUGUUUGCUUUUGUUAGAUUUAAACAAUGCAGAUGUGCAUUAUUUAAGUAGCUGUGCAAAAUCUGGCGGGCCUAAAGUUUGUAACAGUGAUAUUAUAGGUAUUGGAAAUAGUGGAAUAGAUCAUCCUUUUAAAAAAGUUGAAGUAGGAAAAAAAGAAUUUAAACAUAUUAUACAGAAUGUGGAUGUUUCAAAACAGGAUGAUCUCAUUGAAGAACUUAUUAAUUUCUUAAAAUCAGAGAAAAAACAUCUACCAGAUCCUGAAUUAAGAAAGAGAUAUCCAACAAAAUAUGAAGACCUUAGUUCAAUUUUUGUUUCUACUGGAAAAGAAUACGGUACAAGAACUCAUUCUAUAUUAUUGGUUGAUGGUUUAAACCAUAUAACGUUUGUUGAAGAAACUCUUAUGCCGGAUUUUACAUGGAAACGGCAGCAAUUUAAAAAUAAACUGAUUGAAUGUAGAUUGCUUGACUGGAAGGUGCAUAAAGUUUCAAAGAAAGUUUAAAAAAUGAUUAAUUCUAUACUCUAAAAUUUAAAAAGAUUUAUCAAAAAUGAACAAAUUAAAAUUUUUUAUCUUUUUAAAGAGAGCAGAAGAUACAUAAAAUCUAGACACAAGAAAAUUCAGAAAAUGAAGAUGUUUGCAACAGAGAAAAUAUUCUCAUUUUAUUGUAUUUAACAGGAAUAAAGUAGAAAAAAAUUGUACAUAUCUGAUAUAUAUGUA